UUGCUUGGCUUCCUCGCUCUCUUCCGCGACGGCGCCUGCAAGUCACAUCCGCCCGCCGCCAUGACCAAGUUCAACGUGGUGCAGAAGAACAGGCGCGAGUGGAAGCAGGACCGCAAGCGCCAGGCCCAUGGGGAGCCCGGCACCGGCAAGCUCAAGCAGCGGACCGCGCCCGUCUCCAUGUCCGGCAAGCGCAAGCGCAAGCUCCAGCGCCGCCUCAACCGGGAUCAGAAAGAAGCUGCGAUGAUUAAGGCGCUGGAGAACAACAUGGGGGAUGUUGAGAUGGCCUCUGCUGAAGAGUCUUCAGAAGCUGCAAAGGGCAAGUCUCAAGUGAAGUUUAACGUGAAGAGAAACUCAAGGAUACAGGUCAAAAGAUUAAAAGGCAAAGGCAGAAAGAAAGCAAAAAAUGCAAAGCCGCCUACGAAGGAAAAAGUUGACACCAUGGUAGAAUGACCGGCAAUACUGAAUUACUAGUACUGUGAUAUGAGUCUUUGUACGUCUGCUGAGAGCACCAGCAGGGAUCGCCGAAAACUGGAGCAUGAAACUACCUUGCUCCUCUACCAUCUGAAUGUUCAUUAGAAACUACUUAGCUCAAUGGAAGUUUAAGACAUCAAUUAAGGCUUCACUUGUUGAAUUGAAUGUAUGGUUUUCUUCAUGUUCCUGUAAACCUUGCAUCCAGACCUUGAGUUUGUGGAGAUAUUUGGCUGUGGGUGGUUGGCCGUUGGUACUA